AUGCUGCUGCUCGCCUCCACUGCUGCACACUCGUCAUUCGUCGCGCAGUCGGCACAUCUGACGCAGCACCACCGCGUCGCCUCAGCGCCGUCGUGCACCGCCGUGUUGGACGCUCCCUACCGCGAGGCCGAGUACGACCCCGAGGCGGCCGACCGCUACUUCCGCGCCCGGCCGCUCGUGGCGCUGAGGCGCGCCGCAGAGAUCGCCUUCCUCAGCGCAGGUUUCGUGGGCAAGGUGCUCGCUGACAAGCAGCUCGGCCGCGAGGAGGCGAUGGUGGACCGCCGUUCGGAGGAGUUGCUGCAGCUGGUCACGCGGCUGGGAGUCACUGCGAUCAAGGUUGGGCAGGUGCUGAGCAUCCGCCCCGACCUUCUUCCGGCGCCCUACGCCAAGGGCCUCGAGAAGCUGCAGGACAGCGUCCAGCCCUUCCCGGCGGCGCUCGGCCGCGAGAUCAUCGAGCGAGAGCUCUCGAUCCGGAUCGAGGACGUCUUCUCGGCCUUCUCGGCCGAGCCGGUGGCGGCGGCCUCCAUCGGUCAGGUCUACAGGGGCACGCUGCGUGCGAGCGGCGAGGAGGUCGCCAUCAAGGUGCAGCGGCCGAGCGUGCUGCAGGACGUGGCGCUCGACCUCUUCAUGCUGCGCUUCUUUGCGCCGGCGUACCAGGAGGCGAACGACGUCAACACGGACGUGGUCGGCCUCGUCGACGCGUGGGGGACCGGGUUCGUCAACGAGCUCGACUACACCAUGGAGGCGGCGGCGACGGCCGAGUUCGCAGAGGCGAUGGCGGCGCGCGGCCUCGGCUCGGUCACCUCCCCCGAGGUGGUCCCCUCCCUCUCGUCGACGCACGUCCUCACGACCAAGUGGGUCGAGGGCGAGCGACUGGCCUCCUCCAACGCAGACGACGUGCCGCGCCUCUGCGGCGUCGCGCUCAACGCGUACCUGACGAUGCUCCUGGACACGGGCGUGCUGCACUGCGACCCGCACCCAGGCAACCUGCUGCGCACGACGGACGGCAGGCUCUGCAUCCUCGACUGGGGCAUGACGCAGCGCGUGCCGAGCGACCUGCAGCUCUCCCUCCUCGAGUUCAUCGCCAACCUGAACGCGGAGCAGUACGACCGCGUGCCCGACGACCUCGUGAACCUCCGCUUUGUGCCCGCAGACAAGAUCGGCGAGCUGCGCGCGUCGGGCCUCACGGUGGCCAUCUCGAAGAUGCUGCGGCUCGCGGCCAAGGGCGGCGGCCCCGCGGGCGCGAUGCGGCGGAUGCUGCAGAGUGAAAACGCGGACGUAUUUGCGAUCCCGGACUACUUUGUGUACAUGUCUCGCGCCUUCUCGACGCUCGAGGGGAUCGGCCUCUCCUCCGACUCAAACUACGCCAUCCUCAAGGAGUGCUUCCCCUACCUCGCCAAGCGCCUCCUCUCGGACGACUCGCCGCGCGCGCGCGGUGCCCUCCGCACGCUCCUCUACGGCGGCGGC